CGAGCGCUGCGGGGCGGAGCGUCACUGUCCCCCUGACCUCAUAAAGCGCGAGCGUUUUGCGCGAGGAUGUCCAAGCACUCAGAGGCACGCGCUACGCCCAGACAACUACACGGAAAAGAGACAGCACUCACUGAAUUUACAUUCAUCAGCUUUAAGCACCAGGACGGUGACAUCAAGUCCAUUCUGAAGAAUUAAAUAGAGAGCCAUUGCCAGCAAUGCGGGACUCUGUCUUCAACUGCUGUUUUAACCCACCGCAUCCUCCCGGUGUAAUGGAAGAGACCCACUGGCACGGCAACAGAGCACAGGCCUUGCCCCCGAAUGACCGGCGCUUUCUUAUCUUUUUUGAUUUUGACGAGACGCUCGUGGACGAGUGCAGCGAUGAUGCCAUGGUUACAGCAGCUCCCGGUGGUUCUCUGCCCUCCUGGCUCAAAGACACAUACCGGCCAGGCAGGUACCAUGAGUACAUGCAGCGAGUCUUGACCUACCUCGCUGAGCAGGGGGUUACUCCAUCAACUAUCCGUAACACUAUAGAGGGUCUUCCCCCAUGCCCAGGCAUCCCUGCCCUGCUUCGCUUCCUGAAGUCAUGUCCACCACAGGACUUUGAGGUCAUUUGUGUGUCAGAUGCCAACACGGUUUUCAUCGAAACGUGGCUGCAGAACCUUGGCUUUCGCACGCUCUUCAUGCGCAUCUUCACAAACCCAGCCCAUUUCGAUGAGAAUGGACAACUUCAGCUCCGCCCCUUCCACUCCCACGACUGCCUGCGGUGUCCGGUGAACAUGUGCAAGGCGGAAAUCGUGCGACGGUACACAGCUCAGAGGGUGCACGAAAGAGGAGGCAGGAAAUACCAAAGGGUGCUGUACGUCGGUGACGGUGCAAAUGACUUCUGCCCGUCGCUGACACUGGCGCCCGGUGAUGUGGCCUUUCCCCGACGUGAUUUCCCCAUGCACAGGCUGAUCCAGGAGAUGUACGAGGCCAAACCUGGAGAGUUCAAAUCCGCCGUGGUGCCUUGGAGCACUGGAGAGGAUAUCAUUAACAAGCUCAGGAAAGUCAUGGAAGAACGGGUUUAAAACUGAAAUACAUAAACAGGAACCUAAAUAAAAUAGUUGUUCUCAAAUGCUUUUAAUGUUCAUGAUACACAAAGACACACCAACAACAAGGUGAUGUGUUAGCCAAAGCUGCUGUUACACUUGCCCAAAGUCCACUUGGAAAUCACUCUGAUAAGGAAACACUCUUUUAAGAUUUUACUUAAUAGAGCAAACUGAAACAACCAGUUUAUUUCUUGAUUUGACCUUUUUUUUUUAUCCAGUAUAUAUUCUAUUAUGCUCUAGUUUAGAAGAAUUUCUUUUGGGGACGAGCGAAAAGUGAGCAUCUGAGUUGUAAUGUAUAAGCAGUAAUGAAGACAAUAUUUUCUAUUAAAUUUGUUUUAAACGGACAAUAUUUAAAAUAGCUUCACUACUUUCUGUAUCCUUUUCUAUUUGCCUAUGAGUUGCUUGUCAGCAUAACAUCUGGACUAAAGGACUGUAAUGUAAAUUCCCCAGUUUGCUAUUCAUGUGCAACAUAUGCAUAGUAUUAUUGAUAAACUAUUUACUUACAAUCAGUAAUGAAAUAAUUGUGUCUCUGAGUCUCCAUUAACCUGGUUCCUUCCUUGCACCGUUACGUUUAGAAGGUUUACUGAGGUGGGGCAGGGGGUAAACGUUGCCAUGUCACAGAGCCAGGGUCUCUACUAUUCUGAGCUUGGAUUACAGUUUAGGAGGAGUUUCCCAUUGUCUCCCCAAGAAUGUGUGAGUUUCCUCCAGAUAUUCUGUUUUCUCCUACCAAAAAAAAUGCUGGUUGGUGAAUGGUCUAAAUGUGUGUGUGUGCGCUCGCGCUAUGUCCUACAAUGGACUGGUGUCUUAUACAGUGUACACGGUGUUCCUAAGACAUGCUCCAGAUCCCGGGAUCAGGAUAAAGUUGUUAAGAAAAUGAAUGAAUGAUGGAGUGAAGAAGGUGGGAGGGAUUAAAAAAAAAAUAGCUACACAAUAUAUUAUAGUCAUUGAAAUCACUAUUAUUAAUGAUACAUUAUAUUAACAUAACAUUAAACGAGUAAUAUGAGAAAAUGUUCGUAUAAAUGUCUAGUUAGCUCUCAUAUGUUCAUCUUCAAGCUCAGGGAAAGUAUAUUAUGAAUUAUAAAUCUAGAAAAUGGAGCAAAUCUGUAUUUAAACUUUGUAUUAACUCUAUCCACAACAUUUUAUAGUAUAUGUGUGAUUACCACAGACAAUAAUUUCUUCUGUUUCUUUUGUUUGCCUGUAAUAAGAAAAAAACAAAAAGUUGUAGAAGUUUAAAGAUUACAGGCUUUAUGUUGUUUUCUCAGUACAAUGAAACCAUAAAUAAACCAUAAAUGAAUGUUUUAUUUAUUAUCUGUAGUAGACACGCACAUGCUAUAAGUGUGGUGGACAGGAGAUAAAAUAUAACAGGAAAAAAUGGAGUGGGGCGGCACAACUGUGUAGUGUGUAGUGCUGACUCAUCACAGCUCCAGUGUCCCCUGAUCAAUCAUAAGGUCAAGUGUUUUGAAGGUUCUGCUUGAUGAUGUUUGUGUGGCUUUCUUCCAGGCUCUUCAGGUUCCUCCACUGUCACCAAAACAUGGUGGAUGUCACUACUCAAAAUUUCCUAUAAGUGUGUGUGUGUGUGUGUGUGUGUGUGUGUGUGUGCAGUGCUCUGUGCUGGUGUCUUAUACAGGGUCUCUCAUCACAUGCUUCCAUGAUGGCCACAUUGACCAGGAUAAAGCCUCCUCGGGAUAAAGUUCCUCAAGAGCUCUUGUUUGCUCAGUUGCAGAAAGGACAUUAUCAACAUUUACAUUAUUUACUUGUCUAGUAUCACCCAAAUGAGGAUGAGGUUCCCUUCCGAGUCUGGUUCCUCUCAAGGUUUCCUCCUCAUAUCAUCUCAGGGAGGUUUUCCUCACCAUCGUCACCUCAGGCUCGCUCAUUAGAGAUAAAAUUGUAACUUAACUUUAAACUUUAU